GGAAACUUUCACAAUCCUUCUCACCCUCUCAAUCUGCCUCCUCUGCGGCCUAUACUAGUUUGUCUGCCUUUUGGACUUCGCCGAGCAAAAGGGCAAGCAUGCCACCCAGAUCUCCAGUGGCUCAAUCUCCGCCGAGAAAGUCCAGGACAAGUACCAGCAGUAUUGGUCCUUCUUCCGCACCCCGUCCCAGAUCGAAACCUCCGAGAAAGUCCCCGCCAUUGUGAAAACCGAUUAAAGGCUUAUUAA